CACGUCCCGAGGACACAGAGCCAGUUGUGAGAGUUCUUCUAGAGAUGUUGAUUAGCGUGGCGUUGUUCGUUGUUUUAAUCUCGAUCGGUUGGUUCUGGUAUAAAUGGAAAUUUUCUUAUUGGAGUCGACAGGGCGUGAAAGAAUGGCCGGCGAAAUCGAUUUUCGGAAACUUCGGCGAUGUGAUCUCGAUGAAAGCGAACGAAGCGGACGUCGCAGACGAAUGCUACAAGCAAUUGGGCGAUGUCAAAUUCGGCGGUUAUUACUUCCUCUGGAAGCCACUUCUCAUGAUCAAAGACCCAGAGUUAGUCAAAAACAUAACGAUUAAAGAUUUCGAACAUUUCUCCGACCACUCGCCCUUCCUCGAUAGUACAAAGGGCACAGACAUAGUGGUGCAUUCGAUUUUUUUCAUGAAGUCGGAGGAAUGGAAGAAGCGGAGAUCCGUGUUGACACAUCUUUUCACUCCUAAACGUCUUAAAACCAUCCAUACCAUGACGGGGCCAAUUAUGGACAGCUUUUUUCCCAAGUUUGACCAAUGCGCGAAGGAUGAUCUGGACAUCGACAUGGACCCGAUGCUGACCGACCUGACGAUGAACGUGAUCACGAAAACUUUCAUCGGGAUCGACGUGAAGGACCAGUCUGUUUUCCUCAAAGCGACACACAUGUUCUCGUAUCCGGACACGUCGAGCUUGCUCAAGUCCUUCCUUUACACCCUUCACCCGGAGAUACACAAGGCUCUCGGGCUCACCACACUCAACAAGGGGAUAUACGCGCUAUUUUCUGAACUCGUCGAAAGGGUCGUCAGACUGAGAAAAGAACAGAACAUCGUUUCCAACGAUUUAUUUGAUUUUUUAAUCAAAUGUCAAAAUGGAGAGAUCAAAGGUUAUGAAGAUAUUUCUAUGGACGAAAUGAUUGGCCACACGUUCACGUUCUUUUUCGCUGGACACGACCCGACAGCACUGACGGGAGCCUUGACGCUCUUCGAACUCUCAAGGAACCCAGAAAUCCAGAAGAAGCUCAGGAGCGAAAUAAAAAAUGCGGUUGAAGAACGGAAGGACGGCCUCAGCUACGAAACCAUCAACUCUAUACCUUAUUUGUCCAAUGUCAUUCAAGAAACGACCAGGAUGUAUCCCGUUCUGGGAGCCGUAAAGAGGGUCUGCACCAAGCCGUACACGAUCGGCGAUUUUCAUGUGCCCGUUGGGAUGGAAGUCGUUUUUCCGGUCCGGUCACUACACUACGACCCGCGGUACUUCGAGGAUCCGCAUUGCUUCAACCCGGAUAGGUUCGCCGAAGGGAAGUCUCCCGAGGUGUUCAUGCCGUUCGGGAAAGGCCCUAGGAUUUGCAUCGGCAUGAAGGUUGCAGAGGACGAAAUGAAACAUUUGCUCGCCCGGCUGGUACUCGAUUACGACAUUCUGCCUAGCCGAAAAAACCAGCUGCCAUUCAAAUUCGAACCAACUCUAGUUGUUACCGUUAGACCUGUUGGUGGAAUUUGGGUGAAACUCACAGCAAGAGCUGAUAAUUACAAAAGUAUUCGGGCUUAAAUUUUCGAAAAAUGUCACACAAUAUUAUUUUUAAAUGAAUAAAUUGAUGUAUUUCUUAAGUAACUUCGAA